UUUCGAACCUAUCGUAAAAAUUUACGACAACACUGGUUGUACGUUCUAUAGUUGAUAUUCAUUUGUUGAAAAUGGAGGCGUGAUGGAUGUGCAUACAUCGGGAAACCAGGAUUUUCAAGUUAGCGGUUGUGACUAUUACCAGUAAACAUCAAUAUGGCUGGAAAUAAGAUUAACACGAAGCAAAAAGGCAAAGAUGACAAGAAUAAAUCUAAUAAAUCCAUGCAUCAUUCAAAUGAAGACAAUGAAGAACUUGACUUUUCUGUGCUAAGAAAACCUAUACGUACUAGUGUUACAGGAUUUGCACAAGCAAGAAAAAUAUUUGAUUGGGCAACUGAGGAACUAAAAGGUCUUCUAUCAAAUGAAUGUGAUGUAUUAUAUGAGUGUAAAGUGUGCCGCAAUAUAUUUAGAAGUUUGGCCAAUUUCAUUUCACAUAAAAGAGUAUAUUGUAAGGAAACAUUUAAUUCAUCUUCUCAUGGUCACUUUGUGAAACCUAAUUCUACUGCCAAGGAAAUAUUAAGAAUAAAGCGUUUAGAAGAAGGUUACCAAGAAUCUUUGAAAGAGAAAAAUGUUGCAGAAAUUAUGGAUGUUGAUGAAAUCAAUGACAGGAUACCAUUGACAAAGGACUUGACUACAAUCAUAGAAAAAAUAGCUCAAUAUAAGGGUGAAAAGAACUCCGAAGAACAUCAUGUGGUGUUGCAAAAGAUUCCAAGUAGCUCAGUUGCUGUGUUUCAAAAUCUUGAAUUUUCUGAACAGAAACAGGAUAAUAUGAGAGCUCAGGUCACUGAAUUAGAUAAUAUCCUGUCUAGGGAUAAAGCUAUCCUUAUGAGCGAUGGAAAGUUCAAAACACAAAGUUCAACUCCUGAUUUGGAAAAUGUCAUACAAAUAAGCGACGACGAGGAAAAUGAGGAUGGUGGCAAUUUGAAGUGCAAAAUUUGUGACCAACAGUUUUCUACUAUAAAAACGUUGAAAUUCCACAUGAAAUACAAACACUUGGAGAGUCGGCUGGUAUACCCGUGCCCUGACUGCCUGGAGAUAUUCUCUACGUCUUGGAGCGUUUACCGUCACCUCUUCAAGGUUCACAGAAAAACUGCUGCGCAGAUCAGGAAAUUAAGGGAAUCUAUACAAGCAAAAGCUUUUAAAAUGAACAAUCCGCCAGCGUAUUAUGAAAAGCGUAAAAAUAUGAAGCCCCCCGUUGCGCAGAAAAUCACUGAAGAAGAACGCCUAGACCAAGAGAAUCAGGCGUGGAUGGACAACGUGGAAGGCGAGGGCGAGACGCCGCGCUGCUUCGGUUGCGGACGCAGCUUCGAGCGGCGCGCCGCGCUCGCCGCGCACGCGCACACGUGCCAGCCGCGCCGCGCCGUGCGCGCGCGCCGCUCCGACACCAAGAGGAUCGAGAUACAGAUCCGCAAGGACUACCACAAGGGGCCGUCGGCUGUCAUCGCUGGACUGAGGACCGCCGAAGCUGUUUCAGAAAGCAAACCUACCGCCUCUUCACCUAUUAAGACCAUAAAAGAAGAAAAUAUUUCUGAAAACAAAACUGAAGAAUUGGAAGAAGCAACAAUGGACAUUAUGAAUAAUGAACCGUCCUCUAAAGAAUCUUCUAAAUCUCCCGAAAAGGCGGAAGACAAUAAACCUGAGACAGUGCCGAAGUUUGUUUCAAAGUUACCAUAUUCCCAUCAGGCGGAAAAAAGCAAUAUAACUGCAUUUAGGCAAAAAAUUCUACCCAAUAUAGAUAUGACUACAUUUGCGUGCAAAAAAUGUGAAAUUCAACACAGUAACAUCCAGGAACUGUACGACCACAUGGCCGAUCAUUAUAAAUGGAUGAGAUAUGCGUGUAAACUGUGCAAUUUUAAACACUACGAUUUUGAAAAAUUGCCUGAUCACGUAAAAGUUGUUCAUAAAUUGAAAGGAGACUCUGAUUUUUACUUCAGCACUGUGAAAGCGGUUGACGGGACGGAAGCCUUAGAAUUGUCGGAAUCUUUAGAAGGAAAUGAUGCAAAUGAAGUGAGCCCAGAUUCGCGACGACCUAGUAGAUGCUCCAGUGACUCUAGUCGCCUAUCAGAUGAUAGCUCAUCCAGCAGUACACGAAUAGAAUCAGGUUCUAGAAAACGCAAAAUGAAUCAUAGCAGAACUCAUUCUAAAAAAAGAAAAGAGUUCUUAAAUGAUGACGACGAAGAUUUCAAGGUUACCAGCGACUUGGAUAAGGAUGUAAAUACUAUGCUUAUAGACAAUGAUUCUUCAUCAAAUACCAAACCAUUUGAAGAAAAUUCAUCAGACUUGGAUGAACUUGAAGAUAAAAUGAAUAAGAAAACCAACGCAGAGAGGCUUUCAAGUGUAGCAUCACGUAGACCGAUUCGUAAAAAAACUAAACCCAAGAAUGAGGACUUUGAAUAUGAUUUGUCUAACUUGUUGAAAAUGGAAGCACAAGGAUAUAGAGAUUCGCAAACUAUUACCAGUACAAAAAUAGCCCAAAGUAAGAAAAAGCCAAGUUUAGCUGAGAAUUAUGAUAAUAUCAACAGAGAUUGCUGCGGCGCUUUAGCUACUUUAUCUAAAAGGGCUUCAGAUAAAGCCAUGGCUGUUAUGAAAUCAAGCUUUAUUUUACCCAAAGUUCAAAAGGAUGUUCGUCUUUCAAAUAUAUUUGCAAAACCUUUACCUAAAAUGUUACGAGGUGACAAAGUUUCACCCAGAAAAGAUUUAACUGAUGAUUCGAAAGAUAGUGCUAGUCCACAUAAAGAACAAAAAAAUAAAGCUCUUUUAGGAGACAAUGUUAGUUCCUUAGAUAAAGUAGAAGUAACUUCUGAUAAUAACAGUUACCCAUCUGAUACAAAACCUGUUAAUACUUCAGUAGGAUCAAGUGAGAAUGUUAAAUCAAACAAAAGAAUACCAGCUGUCCUUCCUAUUACAUUCCGCCGGCAGAGUUUAGAAGCCAUUAAGCCUCUUAUCAAUAAGAACAUAACAGAUUUUACAAAAGCCGGAAUGAAAACUAAAAUACUGGUGAUAAAACCUAUAAAUAGAGGUAAAGAUAGUGCAGUAAAUCCUAAAACACCUUUGAAGUUUCAAACUAUCAAACUGAAAGAUCCUUCUAAAGGUAGUUUAUCUAACGAGGUUAAUUCAUCUGACCAAGUCAUGGUCGUAAAGGUUCCUACAGUUGAUUGUGCAUCUGUAAGACCUGUGCCAGAAACAUGUACUAAUGAGAAUGAAAAAGUUAUAUUAACUGAAGAAAAUGAUAUUAAUAACGACGUUAGUAAUGAGAGUUCAGGUGAAGUAGAAGAUGGUAAUUGUAGCAAUAUGCAACCAAACGACUGUGAAACUGCCGAAAGUACUUUAAAAUCUAUUGACGUUAGUGAUGAACCUGAAGUAAUUAAAGAUAAUAGUGACAACGAAAUUAAAACAGAAAUAAAUAGUUCUGAAAAUGCCGAGGGUUUAACAUAGAAACAGAUUGUUUUAUUAUGAAUUGCCUAUCUACCUUUAUUUCACUGCUCUUGAAAAUAAGUAGCUCUUGCUUUAUGUUUAAUUCCAUUAUCUGUUAUGUUUUGUUAGGUAAUCAAUAAAGAAUUUCUAUAAGCAA